AUGACUAGUAACUCAGAGUUUUACAGAAAAUCGAAUAAUGUGAAAAUGCAGAAAAGAAAACGAAAAAAUAUUCCUACUGAAAACGAAAUGAUCUAUACCGCAGUUACUUUGAACGAAAAACCACUAGAACUCACUGUAAUGGAAAAUGGAAAGACAAAACCAGAGGUUGAGGAAUGCUCUAAAGCUGAGAAACAUCUUAAAGCUCUGCUGUCAAUCGAUACAUCGAAUGGUAAAUGUAAAAACCCGAUGAAUAGCUCGUUUGAUAAAAGUUUGACUCUUCUAGCUGUUGACACAGCCCAAGAAAGCAGAAAGACAAAGAAGAAUUUGUCAACUUCGCUGUCUUUUACAUCAAUCGAUAGCAAGACUGACAAUGAAGAUGAGCUUGAAUUUAGUUACGAUUCCAUAUUUAAAAAUUUUGAAUUCCAAGAUGAAAGAUAUAAUGAACUUGGGACGGAUGAUUUUGUGUUGGAUCUUGACGAUAACUUGAUGAAGGAAAAUUUGCUUAUUGAACACGAGAAACUAAUUAAAGAAGUUGAAAAGCUUGAGGUCGAACUUAAAAAACAGUUGAAAAACUGUGAAGGGUUGGAGGAAUCGUUACGUCAACUCGAGUAUGAUAACAAUUAUUUGCAAGAUGAAAAUAAGGAUCUUAUAAAGCAUAUAACAGUAAAAGAAGAUGAAAUUUCAGCGUUAAAGGAUGGAGUAAAAGCUUUGGAAGACAUUUGUGCUGACUUGACUCACAGAGAAAAUGAACGCAAGAAAGAAUCAUGUUUGAAGUUAGACGACUUAAAAAGCAAGCUUUUAGCAAAAGAAGAUGAACUUAGACUAGUCAAAAAACGGCAUGAUUGUGAAUACAACGAGUUAGCAAAAAAUCAUGGAUCAUUUUUGACCAAAAUCCUUGCUGAAGUUGAAGAGAUGGGCGCUACGUUAUAUAAAGCGUUGAAGAGUUUGACUGCAAAAAAACCUGAGCAUUUCAAAAGUAAAAACGCGUUGGAGUUCUUAAAGCAUUUGAAAAAAUCUGUCAAUAGUUUGGCGGAUCAAUCCAGUGAACUGGAUUUGAAGAUGAAACAACUUAAGCUUGACUAUGAAGCUCAGACUAAAACACUGAACAAAGUCAGCAACGAAAAGAAACUGCUGCGAAAAGAAGUCGAUGAGAUUCGCAAAAAAUGAGGCACAUAAUAAAGAGAACGCAAAAAUCGAACGGGAAAAAGAGACGGUAAAACCGAAUUGACAAGAACGAAAAACUUGUUGCAAACAACGAAAUUUCGUUUGGAUGAGUUUAAAGCCAAUGCUCGAACGACAAAACGAGAAAAUGAAAGCGUGCUUCAAGAAAAGCUUGAUAUUGAAACAGCAUUAAAAAACUAUGGCUUUAACAUCAAGAAAUUGUUAGAAAAUAAAGACGACCCGCUUUUCAAUAUUCCAAAUUAUUUGAACAAAAUAAAUUUGAAACAUGAGAUUUUUGGUGAAUUAUGCAAAAACAGAUUUUGCCUGAAGACAAUAACGAAGCUGAUGUUGGACAGUAGUUUGGACCUUAAUUCAAUUGUCACAAUGUUACAGUGCUCCUGCGGCUGUUACGAAAGUAAUGAAACAAAAAAAAUUUUGUUUGAAAAUACUAAUUUCCUUGCAAAGUUAUUAGAUUGGUUAAAGACAAUAAUCAUAAACAAAGAUGAAAAAGUGGAAAUGCAGGAGGCGCAAGACAUUGAAUUGAAAGAGGACGUAAGUGAACAUAAAAUAUUGUCAGAAAAUGAUGACACAGUGAAAAAGAGUUAUGUGAAGAUAAAAUGUCUCCUCUUCAAACAUGGAAAAUUGCAUUGACCAAGCUGAGAACACGAAGUCCAUGAGUUGGAACACAAAAAUAAUCAUUCAGGAACUUAAAAGAGUUUGCACCCUGCUCGAACAUGUCACCAACAUCGGAGAGGAAGAAGGCUUUAUUUUGAUAAAUGCCUUUUCUAUAUGGCUUAAGAAGCUGUUUGAGCACUCCUGUGAUUCCAUACUUAUUGAGACCAAGGAUGAAUCAAUAAACAUAGACCAUGUGUUGCCUGAGUUUAAAGAUAUCGCUACUAAACCAUUGAAUACAAACUUAUCACAGCUGAUAUAAGAAUUAAAGAUCUUCAAUCUGUUUUGGUAAAGAAAAUUGCUGAUGCACAAAAAAUGCAAUUAAAGAUUGAAGAUACGCUUUUGAAGAACGAACAACGUCCUGCCUUCAACUCUACUGAACAAAAAUUAAGCAAAAAGACGAAAGGAAUAGGUUUUCUGAACUUCAUAAGACGAAAAAACGAGAAGGAAAUCGACAAUAGCAAGAAAGAUAUGAGCAAAUCUGUAUACCUCAAUGAAAUCCACGUUUUAAACCAUCUAGACUUGGUGUAUUGUAAAGAAAAUCUUUGUUCAAGUAUUCACACAACGAUAGAAGUGGAAAAACAAAUGCAGAGAUUCAGCAAAGGGAUAAUUACCUUUACCAAUAGAUUAAAAGCAAACUGCAAAAAAUCGUUCAUUGCUGCAACGAACAACGAGUCUCGAAAAGAAAUAAAACACUUGCUUCAGUCGAAAAAGAAAGACUCUGAUAUUCUGAUGAAUGAGUGGAAUAUUAAAGAGUUCGUGCACGCUCGCCUUUUGAGAAAACAAAUCACAUCCCUUGAAAAUGAAAUUAAGGCAUCCACGACAAGUUUGCAAGCAUACGAAAAAAAUUUAAAAAAUCUUAUUCCCAGGCCAAUGUUUUUUCUGUCACCAAGGUUUUAUCAAGUUCCUCAAUAAAGAAACAUAUCAGGGACAGCAUUGACAACCAUGACCCUAUAUUGUAUUGAAAGAAACAGUAAAUUAAAAUAAUAUGAGCAAAGAAAAUUUUCUGCUUCUCUGAAUUUAUAGAUGUAUUGUAUUCUGAAAAUAAACUUUUCAAAAAUGAGAAUUUUUUGCAUGCAUUCUUAUGUGGAAGUCAACAAAGUUAAAAUAAAACGCAACACAAACAUA